CGAUUGGCGAGGGAAGACGCAAAUAAGGCGGGUGCACAGGGCAGAGAAACUGACAGAAAUAAUGGCGAGCGCGUCUCAUCUGACGGGAGGCUUCAGCUCUCUUUCUCUCUCUACUCGCCAUCGUCUCUUUCACCUCCACAACCAUUCACUUCUCUCAAACAAUAACAAUGAUACCAAAUUCUACAGGAGCACAGAAAGAUUUAGUUUAAAUGGCCCAAUUACUGUGGGACCUUUCAAGAUUCGAGCCAUGUCCUCCUCGUUUGGUUCUCGAUUGGAGGAGAGUGUGAAGAAGACGAUCACUGAAAGCCCAGUUGUUGUCUACUCCAAAACAUGGUACUCCUCCGAGGUGAUAUCUUUGUUCAAGCGGCUUGGUGUGCAGCCAGUUGUUAUCGAAUUGGACCAAUUGGGUCCCCAAGGACCACAGCUGCAGAAGGUGCUAGAAAGGCUUACUGGACAACAUACUGUCCCAAAUGUUUUUAUUGGAGGCAAACACAUUGGGGGUUGUUCAGAUACUGUUAAGCUAUACCGGAAAGGGGAACUUGAACCUUUGCUGUCAGAAGCUAGUGCCGGAAAGACAGAGAGCUAGGCUGCUCAACCUUAUUAUCCCUUCCUCAGAUCUUUCCUAUCCGCCCUUGGACUUAACAAGAUAUGCCAUUUUUCUGUCUCUCUCAAAAAUCUGUCAUUUUACUCAAUUUAGUGACGGUAAUGCAUGUCCCAAUAACAUUGCAUAAACAAUUCAUGAUAAAAGACCAACCUGCCUUCCAUGGGGGCCUUGUCUGUUUUAGGUGCGUUAGAAGUAGAACCAUCCGAAUCUGGCAGU